ACCAAAGAAAGAAGAAGAAGAAAACAACAACAACCCUUUUUAGCUUUUUCCAUCUUCUUUGGCGAGUUCGUGACCUUGGUCGGAAGAAAAAUAAAAAAAUCGCUUAUCUUUGCAACCGCAUUAUCGGCGGUCAUGGCUGACCCAGAGACCUUAGCGGCGUUGAAGAGAGCUUACGCAGAUACGAUACUGAACACGACGAAGGAAGCCGCGGCUCGUAUUAUGGUUUCUGAAAAGAAGGCGCGUAGGUAUCAGCAAGAACUUGCGACGGUUAGAGAUGAUGCUCUUCAUACGUUGCUUAGGCUUAAACAGAUGCUUGAUUCCAAGGUCAAGGAGACAGAGAUAAUAUCCUUGAAGCAGCAACAGAAGGUUGAGGAACUGGAAGCUCAGCUUGAAGAAGCUGAAGAUAUUGUAGGAGAGCUGAGGGCGGAGUUGAGACAACUUCAAGAUGAGCUCAAGAAACUCACGGAUGGUCAGACACAUCUUAAAAGUGAUCAUGAGGAAGACCCCCGUUGGAAAAACCGUGAUGCAGCAGUCUCUGUAGUGCCUGAGGUUUCUUGCGGUCAUGAGAUCACAGAAGCUGUAGCUUCUUGCAUCCCAGUUGAACAAGCUGAAUCGGUGGUGGCUAAUGGGAUAAAAAUCCCAUCUUUGGCUCGCAUUAAUAGUAUUAACCGGUGUUCUCAUAAAAUUAACAAGGAUCAAUGUCACCACUCUCUUCCUUCUAUACUGACAAAACGCAAGGAAGCUGAAGGUUCCGCUCAGAUAAUUCACGCAGUUGAUAGCAGUAUGGCCAAUGGAAAUCUGUCUUCCUCUGUAGAAGUAGGAGAUGUGAAUGAUGGAGGUUGUUGUCUUCCCAAAGUGUCUUCUUGUAAUGGUGUAGAGACCUUCGAAAUUUCUGGUUGUGCUGAUGCUACUACUGAAUCCAUAUCUUCUGUUAGAAAUGGAGAAGCCCCAAUAGUGUCUCCAAACGCUCCUCAGAAGGAGGAUGGCACUCCCAUAUUCUUGAAAACAUCUCCUCGGACCAUGGUGAAAACAGAUGCAAGGAAGGAAGAAAAGGAGAGCUGUGAGAAUAUGGAGGUUUCGGCGUCUUCUUUGUGCGAAGAAACUCCAGUUUUGGCACUUAGUAAAAACCGGUGUAUCAAGUACACGUUCCAGAGGAAGAGGAAGAAGGAGGUUCUAAGCAAUCUUCAAGGAAAUUCAUCGUUUGAGGAGAGCAGAAACGUGAAACAGAAGACUGGGGAUAAAGACGAUGUUUAUUUGGAGUCUCUGAAGCCUAGCUUUACCAGUGAAUCAUCUCGAGAUGUAGUCUACGCAUAGCACAGGGGGUUUGGGAAGCUUGUACCAUUCUCGGAGAAGAAAGAUUUGCAACAGAAGAACCAAGUCAACCAGUAGGAUGCACCAGCAAAAUGGUUAUAGUAGUAAAGAAUUCAUCUAAUAUAUAUACAUAUAUUCAAGUUAGAUAUGAUAUUGAGUCAAACUAAAGUUGAUGUGAUAAGGAUAGAUGGAAACUUCAAAAUUCUGACUUACACCUGGAUGUUGUGUAAGAGACUAUUAUGAGCUAUCAGUGUAUUUCGUAAGUAUGUAAAUAAAUGAUCUAACGAAGAAGUCUUACUAAAAGAGUAUUUGUGACUUGGUCAAAAUUAUUCAUGGAAAUUUGGACUUGCGACUAUGGAUCAU